UCAGCCGUCUAAUCAGCGCGCGACAGGAUACACCCGUUACGCGGCUCGAGCAUCCGAGCUUCAUCUGUCCGGCCAGACUCUCCGAACCCGCGCCGAACCAUGACGGACGGCGGAGAAGCCGAGGAUGAGAUCCAGUUCUUACGGACCGAUGACGAGGUGGUCCUGCAGUGUUCAGCGAUGGUCCAUAAGGAGCAGCAGAAGCUCUGUCUCGCUGCUGAGGGCUUCGGAAACAGACUCUGUUUUCUGGAGUCCACCUCCAACUCAAAGAACGUUCCUCCGGAUCUCUCCAUCUGUACCUUUGUCCUGGAGCAGUCUCUGUCUGUACGAGCGCUGCAGGAGAUGCUGGCCAACACCGAGGAACGGGCCGAAGGGCACAUAGACAUGGAGAGAUGGAAAUUCAUGAUGAAGACGGCUCAGGGUGGAGGUCACCGGACGCUGUUGUACGGUCAUGCAGUUUUACUGCGACACUCUUACAGCGGGAUGUAUCUGUGCUGUCUCUCCACGGCUCGCUCAUCUACAGACAAACUGGCUUUUGAUGUUGGGCUUCAGGAAGACACGACAGGUGAGGCCUGUUGGUGGACCAUUCACCCUGCGUCCAAACAGAGGUCAGAAGGAGAGAAAGUGAGAGUGGGAGAUGAUCUCAUUCUGGUCAGCGUGUCGUCUGAACGCUAUCUGCACUUGUCUUAUGGUAAUGGAAGUUUACAUGUGGACGCAGCGUUCCAGCAAACCCUGUGGAGCGUAGCACCCAUCUGCUCGGGGAGUGAAGUGGCUCAGGGCUUUCUGAUUGGUGGAGAUGUUCUACGGCUGCUUCAUGGUCACAUGGAUGAAUGUUUGACGGUCCCGUCUGGAGAACACGGAGAAGAGCAGCGCAGGGCGGUACAUUAUGAAGGUGGAGCCGUGUCCAUUCACGCGAGAUCACUGUGGAGACUGGAGACGCUCCGGGUGGCGUGGAGCGGCAGUCACACUCGCUGGGGUCAGCCAUUUCGGCUACGUCACGUGACCACCGGCAAAUAUCUCAGCAUGAUGGACGAUCAAGGGCUCCUGCUGAUGGACAAAGAGAAAGCAGAUGUCAAGUCCACGGCCUUCUGCUUCCGCUCCUCAAAAGAGAAGCUGGACUUUGGCCUUAGGAAGGAGGUGGAUGGGAUGGGUGUUCCUGACAUCAAAUAUGGCGACUCCGUCUGCUACAUCCAGCACGUGGACUCCGCCCUCUGGCUCACCUACCAAUCAGUGGACGCCAAGUGUGCUCGCAUGGGCGGAGUUCAGAGAAAGGCCAUCAUGCAUCAUGAAGGUCACAUGGAUGAUGGUUUGACGCUCUCACGGUCACAACACGAAGAGUCUCAUACAGCCAGAGUCAUACGCAGUACUGUGUUCCUCUUCAACCGCUUCAUCAGGUUGGACACGCACACAAAAGUUCACCCAGAAUUCCACUCAUUUUCUCAUCCUUAUAUCCCUUUAAAACCACAAACACAAAAGGGCAUGAUAAACCUGGUGCUGGAGUGUAUCGAUCGUUUACAUGUCUACAGCAGUGCGGCUCAUUUUGCAGACGUGGCCGGAAGAGAAGCAGGAGAAUCCUGGAAAUCCAUCCUGAACUCUCUCUACGAGCUCUUGGCUGCUCUUAUCAGAGGAAACAGGAAGAAUUGUGCACAGUUUUCCGGCUCUUUGGAUUGGUUGGUCAGUCGCCUGGAGAGGUUGGAAGCCUCGUCCGGGAUUCUGGAGGUUCUUCACUGUGUUCUGGUGGAGAGUCCUGAAGCUCUGAACAUCAUUAAAGAAGGACACAUUAAAUCCAUCAUCUCUCUGCUGGACAAACACGGACGCAACCACAAGGUUCUGGAUGUGUUGUGUUCUCUGUGUGUGUGUCACGGCGUGGCGGUUCGCUCUAAUCAGAAUCUGAUCUGUGAUAAUCUGCUGCCCGGCAGAGAUCUGCUGCUACAGACACGACUGGUCAAUCACGUCAACAGCAUGAGACCCAACAUCUUCCUCGGGGUGAGCGAAGGCUCCGCCCAGUACAGGAAGUGGUAUUAUGAGCUCAUCGUGGACCACGUGGAGCCGUUCGUGACGGCCGAAGCCACACACCUGCGGGUGGGCUGGGCAUCCACACAGGGUUACUGGCCGUACCCGGGCGGUGGAGAGGGCUGGGGCGGGAACGGAGUCGGAGACGAUCUGUACUCGUAUGGGUUUGAUGGGCUGCACCUGUGGGCAGGUUGCGUGGCGCGGUCCGUGAGCUCACCCAAUCAGCAUCUGCUGCGGGCGGAGGACGUGAUCAGCUGCUGUCUGGAUCUCAGCGCUCCCAGCAUCUCAUUCCGAAUCAACGGUCAGCCGGUCCAGGGAAUGUUUGAGAACUUUAACUCAGACGGACUCUUUUUCCCUGUGGUGUCUUUCUCGGCAGGGGUCAAAGUGCGCUUCCUGUUGGGCGGUCGUCAUGGAGAAUUCAAGUUCCUGCCUCCGUCUGGAUACGCUCCGUGUUUCGAGGCUGUUUUACCACGAGAGAAGCUGAGAGUGGAGCACAGUCAGGAGUAUAAACAUGAUCAUGGGAACACCAGAGACCUCCUGGGACCCACAGUCACACUGACACAAGCUGCCUUCACACCAACACCUGUGGACACCAGUCAGAUUGUGCUGCCGCCUCAAAUCGAGCGAAUCCGUGAGAAACUGGCAGAGAACAUUCAUGAGCUGUGGGUGAUGAACAAGAUCGAUCUGGGAUGGACCUAUGGAGCGGUGCGAGAUGAUAAUAAACGUCAACAUCCCUGUCUGGUGGAGUUCAGCAGACUGCCUGAACAAGAGAGAAGCUACAACCUCCAGAUGUCUCAAGAGACGCUCAAGACUCUUCUGGCUCUAGGUUGUCAUGUCGGUGUGGCAGACGAGCGUGCGGCAGAGAAAGUCAACAAUCUUAAACUGUCAGCCAAGUAUGAGCUCUCCAGCGGUUAUAAACCCGCUCCCAUGGACCUGAGCCACAUCAAACUGGCCUCAGCACAGGAAGCUAUGGUGGACAAACUGGCAGAGAAUGCACACAACGUCUGGGCCAGAGACCGCACACGACAGGGAUGGACCUACGGUAUACAACAGGACAUUAAGAACCGAAGAAACCCUCGUCUGGUUCCUUACAUUCUUCUCGAUGAAAGAACCAAGAAAUCAAACAAGGACAGUCUGAGAGAAGCCGUCAGGACGUUACUGGGUUACGGCUAUAACCUGGAGGCUCCGGACCAAGAUCACGCAGCGAGAUCGGACGUCAAUAAUCUGUCGGUGGAGCGCUUCCGGAUAUUCCGAGCAGAGAAGACGUACAGUGUGAAUGCGGGGAAGUGGUAUUUUGAGUUUGAUGUGGUGACGGCGGGGGAGAUGCGGGUGGGCUGGGCUCGACCCGGGUGUUUGCCGGAUCAGGAGCUGGGCUCAGAUGAGCAGGCCUUUGUGUUUGAUGGACUCAAGGCCCAGCGUUGGCAUCAGGGUAACGAGCACUUUGGCCGGAUGUGGCAGUCGGGUGAUGUGGUGGGUUGUAUGGUGGAUAUGAAUGAAGGGACGAUGAUGUUCACUCUGAACGGUGAGGUUCUGCUCGAUGACUCCGGCUCUGAACUCGCAUUCAAAGACUUUGAGGUUUGUGAAGGCUUCAUUCCCGUCUCCAGUCUGGGCGUCUCUCAGGUCGGCCGGAUGAAUUUCGGGAAGGACGUGAGCACGCUGAAGUACUUCACCAUCUGUGGCCUGCAGGAGGGCUACGAACCCUUCGCCGUCAACAUGAACAGAGAUACGAGCAUGUGGAUCAGCAAACGUCUGCCUCAGUUCAUCCCCGUCCCACCCAACCAUGAGCACAUAGAGGUUACCAGAAUCGACGGGACAGUGGAGAGCCCACCGUGUCUGAAGGUCACGCAGAGGUCAUUCGGCUCACAGAACAGUAACACAGACAUCAUGUUCUAUCGUCUGAGCAUGCCCGUCGAGUGCUCGGAGACGUUCGGAAGGUCGCCCGGCGGGAUGCUGUCGGCCAACGGAAGCUUCUUCUCUCCAAAGAGAGAUCUGGAUGAUUUUGAGACGGUGUCCGAUUUUGAGGUUCUGAUGAAGAUGCCGCACAGUCACGUCAGCUCCAACGGGCCAGAGAGAGAACGAGAUGAAUUCAACAACCAUAAAGAUCACAAUCAAGAGAAACCCUCCAAAAUCAAACAGAGGUUCUUGUUGAAGAGAUCGAAGCCGGACGUCAACAGCAGUCAUUCUAACACUCGUUUAUCAGAGGAAGUUUUAGCAGACGAGAGAGACGACACUGAGAAUCUCCUGCAAACAUCCACGUAUUAUUACUCGGUGAGGAUCUUCCCCGGUCAGGAGUCGUCCAGUGUUUGGGUCGGUUGGGUGACGUCAGAUUUUCAUCAGUAUGAUCCGGCCUUUGACCUCAAUAUGGUCCGAACAGUCACUGUUACCCUGGGAGACGAGAAGGGUAAAGUUCACGAGAGUAUUAAACGCAGUAACUGCUUCAUGGUUUGGGGGGGUGAAUGCAGUAACCCCAGUCAGGGUCGUAAUAAUAACGGUCUGGAGAUCGGAUGUCUGGUGGACACGGCCAACGGCUUCCUCACCUUCACAUCCAAUGGGAAAGAACUCUGCACCUUUUACCAGGUGGAGCCGAGAACUAAACUCUUUCCUGCAGUGUUUGCGCAGGCGACCAGUCCAAACGUCUUCCAGUUUGAACUGGGACGCAUCAAGAAUGUGAUGCCUCUCUCUGCAGGCCUGUUUAAAAGUGAACGGAAGAACGCAGUACCCCAGUGUCCACCGCGCUUACACGUGCAGCACCUCACACCCGUCUCAUGGAGUCGUGUGCCCAACCAGUUCCUGAGGUCAGAGGUCAGCAGGGUGAAUGAGAGAUUGGGCUGGAUGAUCCAGAGUUCAGAACCACUGCAGUUCAUGACUCUACAUAUACCUGAAGAGAAUAGGUCGUUGGAUAUUCUGGAGUUGACAGAGCAGAGAGAUCUGCUGAAGUUUCACUAUCACACACUGCGUUUAUAUUCAGCCAUCUGCGCUCUGGGGAACAAUCGAGUAGCUCACGCGCUCUGUAGUCAUGUGGACGAGGCUCAGCUCCUCUACGCCAUCCAGAACAAAUACAUGCCGGGCCUCCUGCGCACCGGAUACUACGACCUGCUCAUAGACAUCCACCUGAGCGGCUACGCCACCGCCCGUCUCAUGAUGAACUCCGAGUACAUCGUUCCCAUGACGCCCGAGACCAAGAGCAUCACUCUCUUCCCCGAUGAGAAGAAGAAACACGGCCUGCCCGGCAUCGGACUGAGCACUUCGCUGCAGCCGCGCAUGCGCUUCUCCUCGCCCAACUUCGUAGGGUCCGUCGCUGGUAACCAUGACAAUGGCGUGGUGGCCGCCGCCGGUGACUGUUUCCAGUACAGCCCAGAGUUUCCGUUGGAGACGCUGAAGAGUCGGACGAUGGAGAUGCUGACGGAGGCGGUGCGGGAGGGCAGUUUACACGUGCGGGAUCCUGUAGGGGGCAGCACGGAGUUCCUUUUCGUUCCUCUCAUCAAACUCUUCUACACGCUCCUCAUCAUGGGCGUCUUUCACAACGGAGACCUAAAGACCAUCCUGCAGCUGAUCGAACCCAGCGUCUUCUCGCAGGAUUCUGGGCUGGAGGGCGGCGCUGAUGGCCCAGAGGUGGAGGAGAGCUGUGGGCGGGGCCGGCUUGAGGGAGGCGGGGCCGAGGAGCACGGUUUGAGAGGAAAGAUGCCCAAAGAAGGACUUUUGCAAAUGAAACUUCCUGAACCUGUCAAACUCCAGAUGUGUCACCUGCUGCAGUAUCUGUGCGACUGUCAGGUUCGGCAUCGCAUCGAGGCCGUGGUCGCAUUCUCCGAUGACUUCGUAGCAAAUCUUCAGGAUAACCAGCGCUUCCGUUAUAAUGAAGUCAUGCAGGCGCUGAACAUGUCCGCUGCUCUGACCGCACGAAAAACCAAAGAGUUCCGCUCACCUCCACAGGAACAGAUCAACAUGCUGCUGAAUUUUAAAGAUGAGAAGCAGGAUUGUCCGUGUCCGGAGAGCAUCAGAGAACAGCUGCUGGAGUUUCACGAGGACCUCAUGACACACUGCGGCAUUGAGAUAGAUGAUGACAAAUCGGGAGAUGGCGACGGCGAUUUCACGAUCAGAGGUCGUCUGAUGUCUCUGGUGGAGAAGGUCACCUACCUGAAGAAGAAAAUGUCCGAAAUACCAAAGAAGAAGAAAUCAAAGAAGCCCACCACUCUUCAGCAGUUGAUCUCAGAGACGAUGGUGCGGUGGGCUCAGGAGUCAGUCAUCGAGGAUCCAGAGCUGGUCCGGGCCAUGUUUGUGUUACUCCACCGGCAGUAUGACGGGAUCGGCGGGCAGGUGCGAGCGCUGCCCAAAACCUACACCAUCAACGCCGUCUCUGUGGAGGACACCAUCAACCUUCUGGCGUCUCUGGGUCAGAUCAGAUCUCUGCUCAGCGUCCGCAUGGGUCGUGAAGAAGAGAAGCUCAUGAUUCAUGGCCUCAGUGACAUCAUGAAUAAUAAAGUGUUUUAUCAGCAUCCAAACCUGAUGAGAGCUUUGGGCAUGCAUGAGACUGUGAUGGAGGUGAUGGUGAAUGUUCUGGGAGGAGGAGAAUCUAAGGAGAUCACGUUUCCUAAGAUGGUGGCGAACUGCUGUCGGUUUCUGUGUUACUUCUGUCGAAUCAGCCGUCAGAAUCAGAAGGCCAUGUUUGAUCAUCUGAGUUAUCUGCUGGAGAACAGCAGCGUGGGACUCGCGUCUCCGUCCAUGCGAGGUUCCACUCCUCUGGAUGUUGCUGCAGCGUCAGUGAUGGAUAACAAUGAACUGGCCCUGGCGCUGAGAGAACCAGACCUGGAGAAAGUAGUUCGGUAUCUGGCCGGCUGCGGUUUGCAGAGUUGUGUCAUGUUGAUGUCUAAAGGAUAUCCUGACAUCGGCUGGAAUCCGGUUGAGGGUGAACGAUAUCUGGACUUUCUCAGAUUCGCUGUCUUCUGUAAUGGUGAGAGCGUGGAGGAAAACGCUAACGUGGUGGUGCGGCUCCUGAUUCGUCGGCCAGAGUGUUUUGGCCCCGCCCUGCGUGGAGAAGGCGGGAACGGGCUGCUGGCAGCGAUGGAGGAAGCCAAAAAGAUUUCAGGAGAUCCUAGCAGAGACGGACCAUCACCCACCACAGAAGAGAACAGAACACCUAAUGAUGUCAUAGAGGAAGAGGAAGAUGAGACCAUUCACAUGGGAAAUGCCAUCAUGACCUUCUAUGCCGCUCUCAUUGAUCUGUUGGGCCGCUGUGCUCCAGAGAUGCACCUGAUUCACGCGGGGAAGGGUGAGGCCAUCCGCAUCCGAGCCAUCCUGAGAUCUCUCAUUCCCAUCGAGGACCUGGUGGGCGUGAUCAGCAUCCCGUUCCUGAUGCCCACGCUGGCUAAAGACGGUUCUGUGAUCGAGCCGGACAUGUCGGCAGGCUUCUGUCCCGAUCACAAAGCGGCCAUGGUUCUGUUUCUGGACCGUGUUUAUGGCAUCGAGGAUCAGAACUUUCUCCUGCACCUGCUGGAGGUGGGAUUCCUGCCUGACCUCCGAGCCGCCGCCUCAUUGGACACCGUUGCUCUGAGCGCCACAGACAUGGCGUUAGCUCUGAACCGGUACCUGUGCACGGCCGUUCUGCCGCUCCUCACCAAAUGUGCUCCUCUGUUUGCCGGCACCGAGCCGUUCGCCUCCCUCAUUGACUCUCUGCUGCACACCGUCUACAGACUCUCCAAAGGCUGCUGUCUCACUAAAGCUCAGAGAGACGCCAUCGAGGAGUGCCUGCUGGCCGUCUGCGGUAAACUGCGGCCCUCUAUGAUGCAGCAUCUGUUGAGACGUCUGGUGUUUGAUGUUCCUGUCCUCAAUGAACACACCAAGAUGCCCUUGAAGCUCUUGACCAAUCACUACGAGCGCUGUUGGAAGUAUUACUGUCUGUCAGGAGGAUGGGGAAGUUUCGGGGCGGCGUCAGACGAGGAGCUGCAUCUGUCCAGAAAGCUCUUCUGGGGAAUCUUUGAUGCUCUGGCCAGAAAGAAAUAUGACGUGGAGUUGUUUAAAUUAGCGCUGCCGUGUCUGAGUGCGGUGGGCGGAGCUUUACCUCCAGAUUACAUGGAGUCAAACUACGUGGCCAUGAUGGAGAAACAGUCGUCUAUGGACGCUGAAGGAAACUUUAACCCACAGCCGGCUGACACCAGCAGCGUUGUUGUUCCGGAGAAGCUCGAUCAUUUCAUCAACAAAUUUGCCGAAAAUUCUCAUGAGAAAUGGUCGAUGGAGAAGUUUGCGAUGGGGUGGGUUCAUGGAGACUUGUUCUGUGAAUCAUCUAAAGUUCAUCCUCUGCUGAAGCCUUACAAGUGUCUCUCUGAGAAGGAUAAAGAGGUUUACCGCUGGCCAAUCAGAGAGAGCCUGAAGACGAUGCUGUCGUGGGGGUGGUGCAUCGAGCGGACGAAAGAGAGCGACGCGUCCACGUUACACAACCGCACACGCAGAAUAUCUCUGUCCAGUCAGCGGUCUAUAGAGGGCGCUCAUGGUUUCUGUCCUCAGCCGGUGGACAUGAGUAACGUCACCCUGUCCAGAGAUCUACAUUCGAUGGCAGAACUGCUGGCAGAGAAUUAUCACAACAUCUGGGCUCGGAAGAAAAAACUGGAGCUGGAAUCCAAAGGUGGAGGCAGUCAUCCGUUGCUGGUUCCUUACGACACUUUAACUGCCAAAGAAAAAUACAAAGACCGAGAAAAAGCACAAGACAUCCUGAAGUUCUUUCAGAUCAACGGAUACACAGUGUCAAGGGCUAUGAAAGAACAGGAUCUGGACACACCGUCUAUAGAGAAGCGCUUCGCGUACACAUUUCUCCAGCAGUUGAUCACGUAUGUGGACGAAGCUCAUGAACACAUGCUGGAGUUUGAUGUUGGCGUGAGAUGUAAAGGCGAUAAGAUUCCUCAUGAGCAGCAGGUGAAGUUUUUCGGAAAGGUUGUUUUGCCGCUGGUGGAUCAGUACUUCAAAAACCAUCGACUUUACUUCCUGUCCACUGCCGUCCGUCCAAUCAGCAGCGGCGGUCACGCCUCCAAUAAAGAGAAGGAGAUGGUGACCAGCUUUUUCUGCAAACUGGGAGUUCUGGUCAGACACAGGAUUUCUCUGUUUGGAAAUGACGCGGCUUCAAUAGUGAACUGCCUGCACAUACUGGGACAAACUCUGGACGCCAGGACGGUGAUGAAAACCGGUCAGGAUUCGGUGAAAGCGGCUCUGCGAGCGUUCUUCGAGAACGCAGCAGAAGAUCUGGAGAAGACGAUGGAGAAUCUGCGACAGGGUCAGUUCACACACACCCGCGCACAACCCAAAGGUGUGACGCAGAUCAUCAACUACACCACCGUGGCGUUGCUGCCCGUCCUCUCAUCGCUGUUCGAACACAUCGGGCAGAACGUGUUUGGAGAGGAUGUGAUACUGGAUGAUGUCCAGGUGUCCUGCUAUCGCGUUUUAAACAGUUUGUACUCGCUCGGAACCAGUAAAAGCAUCUAUGUUGAGAGACACCGGCCGGCUCUGGGGGAAUGUCUGGCUGCGUUCUCGGGUGCGUUUCCCGUGGCCUUCCUGGAACCCGGUCUGAACCGACACAACACGUACUCCAUCUACAACAGCAAAGCAUCCCGAGAACGAGCAGCUCUCGGUCUUCCGUCGCAGGUGGAGGAGGCGUGUGCGCAGGUGCCGUCUCUGGAGCGAGCGCUGCAGGACAUCAUGGAGCUGGCGGAGUCGGGCAUGCGCUACACGCAGAUGCCGCACGUGAUGGAGGUUCUUCUGCCCAUGCUCUGCAGCUACAUGUCUCACUGGUGGGAGAGCGGACCUGAGAACAAUCCAGAGCCGUCUGACAGCUGCUGCACGUCUCUCACCUCUGAACACAUGAACACGCUGCUGGGAAACAUCCUGAAGAUCAUCUACAACAACCUGGGCAUCGACGAGGGAGCCUGGAUGAAGAGACUCGCCGUGUUUUCUCAGCCCAUCAUUGGUAAAGCUAAAUCUCAGCUGUUGAAGUCUCACUUUCUGCCGCUGAUGGAGAAGCUGAAGAAGAAGGCGGCGACGGUUCUUCAGGAUGAAGAUCAGAUGAAAGCUGAGGGUCGAGGCGAGUUGUCUGAAUCCGAGCUGCUCAUCCUCGACGAGUUCACCGUCCUCGUGCGAGAUCUGUACGCCUUCUACCCGCUGCUCAUACGAUUCGUCGACUACAACAGAGCCAAGUGGCUGAAAGAACCGAAUCCAGAGGCAGAAGAAUUGUUCCGGAUGGUGGCAGAAGUCUUUAUCUUCUGGGCCAAAUCACACAACUUUAAGAGAGAGGAGCAGAACUUUGUGGUUCAAAAUGAAAUCAACAACAUGUCCUUCCUCAUCACAGACACCAAAUCCAAAAUGUCAAAGGGUGCGGUGUCAGACCCGGAGAGGAAGAAGAUGAAGAAGCGCGGCGACCGCUACUCACUGCAGACGUCUCUGAUCGUGGCGGCUCUGAAGAGAUUACUGCCCGUGGGUCUGAACAUCUGUGUGCCGGGAGAUCAGGAGCUCAUCGCGCUCGCCAAGAACCGCUUCACACAGAAAGACACCGAAGAUGAAGUGAGAGAGAUCGUCCGGAACAACCUCCAUCUGCAGGGGAAGUUGGAGGAUCCUGCGAUCCGCUGGCAGAUGGCUCUGUAUAAAGACGUGCCGAACCGCAGCGAGGACACAUCUGACCCCGAGAAGACGGUGGAGAGAGUUCUGAACAUCGCUCACGUGCUCUUUCACCUGGAUCAGGUUGAACAUCCACAGAGAAGCAAGAAGGCCGUUUGGCACAAGCUGUUGUCGAAACAGAGAAAGAGAGCCGUGGUGGCGUGUUUCAGGAUGGCGCCGCUCUAUAAUCUGCCCAGACACAGAGCCGUCAAUCUGUUCCUUCAGGGUUAUGAGAAGUCCUGGAUCGAGACCGAGGAACAUUAUUUCGAAGACAAGUUGAUCGAGGAUUUGGCUAAACCCGGUGUUGACGAACCGUCAGAAGAAGAUGAGAUGAUCAAACACAUUGAUCCGUUACAUCAGCUCAUUCAGCUCUUCAGCAGAACUGCACUGACUGAGAAAUGUAAACUGGAGGAGGAUCAGCUCUACAUGGCGUAUGCUGAUAUAAUGGCGAAGAGCUGUCAUGAUGGAGAGGAGGAUGAAGAGGAGGAGGUGAAGAGUUUUGAGGAGAAGGAGAUGGAGAAACAGAAGCUGUUAUAUCAGCAGGCCAGACUUCAUGAUCGAGGAGCUGCAGAGAUGGUCCUGCAAACCAUCAGCGCCAGCAAAGGAGAGAUGGGGCCGAUGGUUGCUUCUACACUCAAACUGGGUAUCGCCGUGCUCAACGGAGGAAACUCAACCGUACAACAGAAAAUGUUGGAUUACCUGAAAGACAAGCGGGAUGUGGGCUUCUUCCAGAGUUUGGCCGGACUGAUGCAGUCGUGCAGUGUUUUGGACCUGAACGCGUUUGAGCGGCAGAAUAAAGCUGAAGGUCUCGGGAUGGUGACAGAAGAAGGUUCAGUCCUCACUCAUGAGCGUGGUGAAAAGGUCAUGCAGGAUGAUGAAUUCACCUGUGACCUCUUCCGCUUCCUGCAGCUGCUCUGUGAGGGACACAACUCAGAUUUUCAGAACUACCUGCGAACACAGACAGGUAACAACACAACAGUCAACAUCAUCAUCUCUACAGUAGAUUAUCUGCUGAGAGUACAGGAGUCCAUCAGUGAUUUCUACUGGUAUUAUUCUGGGAAAGACGUCAUCGAUGAACAAGGCCAGAGGAAUUUCUCUAAAGCCAUCAAUGUGGCCAAACAGGUGUUCAACACACUGACGGAGUAUAUUCAGGGUCCCUGCACGGGGAAUCAACAGAGUCUGGCUCACAGUCGUCUGUGGGAUGCUGUCGUUGGAUUUCUACACGUUUUCGCACACAUGCAGAUGAAGCUGUCACAGGAUUCAAGUCAAAUCGAGCUGUUAAAGGAGCUGAUGGAUCUUCAGAAGGAUAUGGUUGUCAUGCUCUUGUCCAUGUUAGAAGGAAAUGUUGUGAACGGGACCAUUGGAAAGCAGAUGGUGGAUAUGUUAGUGGAGUCGUCCAACAACGUUGAGAUGAUCCUGAAGUUCUUUGACAUGUUCCUCAAACUGAAAGAUUUGACAUCAUCAGAUGCCUUCAAAGAGUACGACCUCGACGGCAAAGGCGUCAUCUCCAAGAGAGAUUUUCAUAAAGCCAUGGAGAGCCACAAACAUUACACCCAAUCUGAGACCGAGUUCCUCCUGUCGUGUGCAGAAACGGACGAAAACGAACUCUUAGAUUAUGAAGAGUUUGUCGAGCGCUUCCACGAACCGGCCAAAGACAUCGGCUUCAACGUGGCCGUCCUUCUCACCAACCUCUCCGAACACAUGCCGCACGACUCUCGACUCCAGACGUUCCUGGAGCUGGCCGAGAGCGUGCUGAAUUAUUUCCAGCCGUAUCUGGGCCGGAUCGAGAUCAUGGGCAGCGCCAAGCGCAUCGAACGUGUGUAUUUCGAGAUCAGCGAGUCCAGCCGCACGCAGUGGGAGAAGCCGCAGGUCAAAGAGUCCAAACGUCAGUUCAUCUUCGAUGUGGUCAACGAGGGAGGCGAGAAAGAGAAAAUGGAGCUCUUCGUGAACUUCUGCGAGGACACCAUCUUUGAGAUGCAGCUGGCCGCUCGGAUGUCGGACGCCGGCGAACGCUCGGCCAGCAAAGAGGACAGCGAGAGAGAGAAACCGGAGGAGGAGAGUCCCGAGAUGGGUUUCUUCUCCAUCGCCACCGUGAGGACGGCUCUGUUCGCUCUGCGAUACAACGUCAUCAUGCUGAUGAAGGUUCUGUCCAUGAAGAGCAUCAAGAAACAGGUGAAGAAAGCCAAGAAGAUGACGGUGAAGGACAUGGUGACGGCGCUGGCGUCUUUCUACUGGAGCGUCCUGCUGGGUCUCCUGCACUUCACCUUCAGCGUCGCUCGAGGAUUCUUCCGCAUCGUGUACAACAGUUUUCUGGGAGGGUGUCUGGUGGAGGGCGCCAAGACCAUGAAGGUGUCCGAGCUCCUGGCCAACAUGCCCGAUCCCACGCAAGACGAAGUGAGAGGAGAGACGGAGGAGGGCGAGAAGAAACCUGCGGAUAGAACCUCGCCUGAAGAAGACCUGGCUGAUCUGACGGUGGCGGCGGACGACACGGAUCUUCUGUCGGAUAUAUUUGGUUUGGAUCUGAAGAGAGAAGGCGGACAGUAUAAACUCAUGCCUCACAAUCCCAACGCCAGCCUCACCGAUCUGCUCAACGCACCCGUUCCACCUCCGGCCGCACCGUCACCUGAAGUCCGCCGGAGACACCAGACCAAGAGCUCCUCAUCUUCAGCAGAGAACAAUGAGAUUACGGAAGACACCAAAUCUGUGCCCGAGAAAGCCCAAGGUGAAAAUGGAAAGAAGACCCAGAAGAAGAAGAAGGAGGAGGAUGAGGAGGUGAAGCGUAAAGUACGACUUCAUUACAGCAGAUCAGAUGAGCCGGAUCUUCAUGAGUCUGCAUUCUGGAAGAAGAUCAUCGCUUAUCAACGCAAACUUCUGAAUUAUUUCGCGCGGAAUUUCUACAACAUGAGAAUGUUGGCUCUGUUCGUGGCGUUUGCCAUCAACUUCAUUCUGCUGUUUUACAAGGUGUCGACGUCUUCAGCGGUCUCUGAGGGGAAGGACGUGAUGUUCAGCGGUACAUCAGACACCAGCGUUCCGUGGGAUCCUCUGGGAUCCUCCAGCAGUCCACCCGUCACUGUUCACUUCGUUCUGGAGGAGAGCAGCGGGUACAUGGAGCCCACCCUCAGGAUUCUGGCCAUUCUACACACCGUCAUCUCUUUCUUCUGUAUCAUCGGCUACUAUUGUUUAAAGGUUCCUCUGGUGAUAUUUAAGCGUGAGAAGGAGGUGGCCAGAAAGCUGGAGUUUGAUGGUCUGUACAUCACCGAACAGCCGUCAGAAGAUGAUAUUAAAGGUCAAUGGGACAGACUGGUCAUUAACACUCAGUCCUUCCCAAACAAUUACUGGGAUAAAUUUGUGAAGAGGAAGGUGAUGGAUAAGUACGGAGAGUUUUAUGGUCAUGAUCGGAUCAGUGAGCUGCUCGGGAUGGAUAAAGCCGCUCUGGACUUCAGCGACGCUCACAAGAAGAAGAAACCAAAGAGAGACGGAUCACUGGCAGCAGUACUGAACUCCAUCGAUGUGAAGUAUCAGAUUUGGAAGUUAGGAGUGGUCUUCACAGAUAAUUCUUUUCUGUAUCUGGCCUGGUACAUGAGCAUGUCUAUUCUGGGACACUACAAUAAUUUCUUCUUCGCUGCUCAUCUGUUGGACAUCGCCAUGGGCUUUAAGACCCUGAGGACCAUCCUGUCGUCUGUCACACACAACGGCAAACAGUUGGUCCUGACCGUAGGUCUGCUGGCGGUUGUGGUUUAUCUCUACACUGUGGUGGCUUUCAACUUCUUCCGUAAGUUCUACAACAAGAGUGAAGAUGGAGAAUCUCCAGACAUGAAGUGUGACGACAUGCUGACGUGUUAUAUGUUCCACAUGUAUGUUGGCGUUCGGGCUGGCGGUGGGAUCGGUGAUCAGAUCGAAGAUCCAGCCGGGGAUGAGUACGAGAUCUAUCGCAUCAUCUUUGACAUCACCUUCUUCUUCUUCGUCAUAGUCAUCCUCCUGGCCAUCAUACAAGGUCUUAUUAUUGAUGCAUUUGGUGAGUUAAGAGACCAACAAGAGCAGGUGAAAGAAGACAUGGAGACUAAAUGUUUCAUCUGUGGAAUUGGAAAUGAUUAUUUUGACACAGUUCCACACGGCUUUGAAACCCACACGCUACAGGAACACAACCUGGCCAACUAUCUAUUUUUCUUUAUGUAUCUCAUCAACAAAGAUGAAACAGAGCACACAGGCCAGGAGUCAUACGUUUGGAAAAUGUACCAGGAACGCUGCUGGGAAUUCUUUCCAGCUGGCGACUGUUUCCGGAAACAAUACGAGGACCAGCUGAAUUAAAACACACGCACACACACACACUGUUGAGGACGACUGGGUUUGUUUCACAGCGUUUCUCGGUCAGCUGCAGUGAACCUGCGGUUGAGCAGCGAUGUGAGCGGGAAACUUCAACGCUUCUUCAUUUCAUUUCUUUAAAAUUCAAAGACUUUAUGAAGAGGAGGGGAACUGAUGAAGGACACAGAGGAUGAUGAUGGUGGUCUUCUGUGGGGCCGAAUGUUGAAUGUUUCUUGUGAUGGGGAUUCAGUGCCUUACCAUGAGAAAGAGGAGCUAUGCAAGACGAUAAAGACACCCUGGAUGAGAGAGAGAGAGAGAGAGAGAGAGAGAGAGAGAGAG